ACAACAAACAAAAGAAAAAAACAAGGACGCUGUUUGGCCGGAAAGUGUGGUGGAAAACAUUCUACUGUUAAUCACUAAAAUAAAGAACAUUAAGCUUGCACGAACGAAAUGAAUGCCGCUGCAAUAAAGCGUCCAUCGGACGCACUAGUUCCAGUGACGAAUGCGAAGAAAUCUCGCACCGAUAUCGUUGCGUACACGGCCAAAGAUAAACAGCUACUGGAGCAGAAUGUUGAGCGAACGUCCGGUUUGUUGGGUCCAAUUAUGCUGCUUGAGGGUCAUGGUGGGGAAAUAUUUUCUACAGAAUUCCACCCGGAAGGAGAGCAUCUACUGUCGACCGGAUUUGAUCGUCAAAUUUUUCUGUGGAAAGUGUACGACGAGUGUGACAACGUGGGUGUACUGAGUGGCCACUCGGGCGCAGUAAUGGAAGCACACUUUUCGCCCGACGGUUCCAACAUCUAUACGUGCGCCACCGACAAGGUAGUUGGCGUGUGGGACGUACCAACCUGCACCCGCAUACGCAAACUGAAGGGACACACACACUUCGUCAACAGUUGCAGCGGUGCACGCCGCGGACCCACACUGAUCGUGUCCGGAUCGGAUGAUUCGUCGAUCAAAAUAUGGGACGCCCGGAAAAGGCACGUCGUCAGCACGUUCGACAACGCGUACCAGGUGACGGCUGUGUGCUUUAACGAUACAGCCGAACAGGUCGUCUCGGGUGGGAUCGAUAAUGAGAUUAAGGUUUGGGAUAUACGCAAAAAGGAGAUUGUGUAUCGUCUGCGGGGCCAUACGGACACGGUCACGGGGCUGUCGCUGUCGCCGGAUGGUUCGUACGUGCUUAGCAAUUCGAUGGACAACACGUUGCGCAUCUGGGACAUUCGUCCGUACGUACCGGGCGAGCGAUGCGUGAAGGUGUUCACAGGCCAUCAGCACAAUUUCGAGAAGAAUCUGCUACGAUGCGCCUGGUCUCCGGAUGGGUUGAAGAUCAGUGCCGGGUCGGCGGAUAGGUUCGUGUACAUCUGGGACACAACAUCGCGUCGCAUUCUGUACAAGCUGCCGGGCCAUAAUGGUAGCGUGAAUGAUAUCGAUUUCCAUCCCACGGAACCGAUCAUCGUGUCGGGCUCGAGCGAUAAAACGCUGUACCUCGGCGAGAUAGAGGCUUAAGGCCCUGUGUGUCCGUUCUUCAAAUAUAUUCAAAGCAAUUUCUCUGCGUCUGAAAAGCUAAA